AGCAUAGAUUCUAGAUAUAAAGACGUCAAGGACAAGCUCGUUUGGGAUAGUAGACCUUGCCUUCUCUCAUCAGCCUCACUAGUCUAAAGCCAGCACUCGCCACCACGUUCGUUCUUAGCAAGCAUUCAACCCCAAAAGCUAUUCUUGUGAAGCUUUUGAAGAUGUUCCGCCUCUCCACUUUCGUUUCCCUUCUAGCCACCGCUGCCUCUGUCAGCGCGACGCUUGACCCGGCCACCAGCAACACCAAGGGCAAAUACCCUGCCAGCCCGAACUGCUAUGCUACCAAGGUCUCCAAUGCUAUCCAGGCCGCCGAGUGCGCGUAUAACACUCGCGUCUCGGGCACCCAGACCUUCGCCGUCUUUGUGACGGACCACCAGUACGACAGCAACAAUGGCGCACCCUAUGGCACCUGCUCUGCGUACACUUGCACUGCGCCUACUGACGAAGAGCUUACGUCUGAUGAUGACUACUGGACUUUCUUCUGGAACGACAAUGGCGAGUCCUCCGGUGUCGGUACCACUUGCAUCAAGGAUCCCACCAACGGUGUUUGCGGAUGCGAGAACUCGGAUGGCACGUUCAUCAGUGGCAGCAGCUCAUGCGUUUAAAUGCGCAAGGCUGACGUGUUUAUGAGGCCUUUCUGGGAGGGGCUAGGGAGUCAGAAAAGAGUGUUACGAAGAUAAAAUCCUAGAUGAUUGAUACAACUGCAGAAUAGUCAGUUAAUG